AUGCUAGCCUUCAGUCUCACACCACAGUCAUCAUCAUCAGACAUUAUGGAUUCAUUAAUUUCUGAACAAUAUGACGCCGCAUUAAAAAAGUUAAAAGAAAAAUGUACAACUAGGCGUUCAGCACCAGCGACAACCAAUCCACUUGAUUUACUUCUUGCCAAAAAAGCUAAAUUAGAAUCUAGUAUUUUUAUGAAUGCUUUUGAUGAUGAUGAUGAUCCAGUUACAACUGCAUCAACAACAAAUGUUGAUAGUCCACCUACAAAUAGUAUUCCUCCAACAAUUCAAGAUAAUAAACCAAAUACUUGUUCCUCGCCAUCUCAAGAUAGAUCCAUCUCCCCCGCAAGAACAGAAAGUAGCGUUAAUAAUUCAACAGCUUCCAGUUUUUUAACCAUGCCGACCAACGUUACGACAAAUGAAAUGCGAAGUAUCGCUAAUUUAGAUGGUAAUGACGACAAUUCAAUUAAUAAUUAUUUAACUAAUAACAAUUAUAAUACACCAGAUGAUAUGAAAAUGAUAAAACAAUAA